UUGAACUGGAGAAAAAUGUGCGAACACUGAAAAUAGCAGAAGAAAGUAUUUGCCUGCUGUGUUGUCUGUGGAGCGUCCUCUCAGUUGUUAUUGUCAGCUAAGUUGGUUUCUAGUUUCUUACACAGUCGGGAACAUUUGAGAGGGUUUGUGGUGCUUGAAAAUGUUUGGACGACUUGCGUCCUUCGUCCAGCAAGCGGCAGAGGUGUUGGCACCGUCAGCGCCCCUGCAAGAUGAUUUCAUUCACCACUGGAAAGCUGUGACCCACCAGUUGCUGGCACCAAGAGAUGAACACCAGCCAGUCGAGGCGACGAAUGUGCCCGAUCAUCUCACCAAUAUGGUGGAGCUCCUGAAUCAGGAAGAAAUGGAAAGCGAUGGAACUACGGGACCUUGUAUGGAGUAUCUAUUGCAGCACAAGAUCUUGGAGACGCUUCUUGCACUUGGAAGAGCUGAUAGUCCUCCUGGCAUGAAGCAGCAAGUUCUCAAGUUCUUUACGUCUGUCAUUGGCCGUGCACAGCAGCCGCUCUUGCCCCAUAUCCAUGUCCAUAAGCCUGUCUUGCGUUUGAUCCACUGUUGUGCUGAAAGCCGCGCCAGUCCUACGGAAGGUGAUGAGGUGCAUUUCUUGUGCACGGUGGCCAGCAGUCUGCAACGACACCCUCAUCUUGCCAAUGUCUUCCUGGAGCAACGGCCAACAUCGACCGCGGCUGAACCCACCAGUGCAGCUUCGACAAAAUCGCCUCGCCCUCAAGCCUACACCAUCGACCCCGACCAUUCGAAAUUCCACCUUCUUGCUGCGUUGCUAGAGCUGAGCAAAAGUGAGGACCGACGUGUAUCACUGAAGGCAUGCGAAGGCAUGUUACUGUGUGCAUCGCUGGACAACGAGAGUACUGCCCGGUCCAUAGCCAACAACUCGCCCUUCUGUCAGAUUCUUGCCGACCGUGUUCAGAGCACAUUCGCGUCCAUUCCUCUCGACUUGCCGGCGCAGAAGGUGCUAUCCUGCUCAGCUAAAUGGGGUAUGGAAGGUGGUACAGACGAGGAACCGGCGUACGAAGGUCGGACGGAGCUGCGUGCAUGGCUAUCAUGCCUGGACUACUUCGACCGAUUGGUAUUGUCGUCUCAUUCGAUCAUUGCCAGUGCUCUGUUACAGAGCUUGGACGAGCGUUUCUUCAAGCCUCAGCUCCAACCCCGUCUUGCGCAGAUGUCGGAACAUGGUUUGGUUGUGACGACGUGUCUGGUCACUAAGCUGGUUGAAGUCGUGACGGCGCCACUACUAGUGCACGGUCUGAUCCUUCUCUUGAUUGGCCCUGGAUCACAAUCAGACUCAGACUCGGACUCGGUAGAUCAAGUCGAGCUGUGCCAACACUUGAUAUCUCGCUGUGAUCACGUCAACGAAGAGCUGAGCCUCGUCUCUCUACAGUUAUUCAACUUGCUUCUGCAGAAAAAUGACCCUCUCGUCAUCCAUCGUCUUGUCUUGCAUUAUCUGGCUGAUGAUCUUCACUUGAAGCCGGAGGCACGGGAGAAUGGUGGUGAUCAGCGAGGCACGGCAGAAAGUACGCGACCAGCCAGUGGCGAUGGUGGUGGCGAGGGAAAGAACUCGACAUUAACGCCUGGUGCACAUGUGUCCGCGCUUGCAGAGCAAGCUGACAGUGCAGCAGCAUCGGAGUCUGAAUCGCAGUCAGGCACACAGUCUCCCGGUGACCUCAGCUCUCAGGUAUCAAGCUCAUCGGUGGACAGCUCCAGGCCGGAAACACCGUCAUCGGAAAACCGGCCGGCAGAAAGUUCGCUUGCAACAUCCUCCACAACAGCGAGUGCAGAGCAGCCCAACACGCCCACAUCACCGGCACCUGUGCCCUUGACUUCCACUACGCCUGGCGCACCCACUGCUAGUGCACCGCAGAGUCUAGCAUUUGCCAGUGGUGGUGAUUCGUCAGCAGCCAGGGGUCGAGUGGCAUCUCCAUCAUCGGAUAUAGAGCCCUUGGUUCAGCAGCUGUUUGCAGAGCGGAAUCACUCCGAGCUGAUUAUCAACACAAUAUUGACCAUGCUGCCCGAGACUGUGAAAACCUCCUUGCACAUGCCUACGUCUGGCUAUGACGAGUAUGUACGCGAUGCACAGAAUCAGGUGGCUCGGUGCUUUACUGCCUGUCAGAAGUGGUCAUCAACACCCCUGUACAUACCACCUGAACACGGUCAGUUCACCGAAGGUCCGUUCCUGCGGUUACUGUUCAACAAGCUGCAGCGUAGUCUUGAUCAGCCGUACGAGAUCAACUUGACGGUGACUGGUUUGUUGACUCGCCUUGCCUACUUCCCACAUCGCAAUCUGCAUGCCUAUUUGCUGGAUCCGUUCAUCCCGCUUAGUGAUAACGUGCGCUCUCUGCACUCAGUGUUACGACAGAUUUCUGCAGAGCUGUCUAUUCGAGCGCAGCGCACGCCUGACUUCCAAGGAAAUGUGCUUGCCGCACGAAAGCGCCUGAGCGGCACGUCAAACUUUGAAACUGCAACAAGUCAGACUAAUCACCUAUACGAAGCAGUUGUUGUCCUGGAAGAGUUCUGCAAGGAGCUGGCAGCUAUUGCUUUUGUCAAGUCUGCUGCCUACUCAACAGUGCAGUCUCGCAUAGAACUCACCUGUGUGCCUCGUCUCGUGAAAGCCUGGAGUUUGUUGUCUUGUCUAUAACAUGUGUGUGUGUGUGUGUGCGCAGGCGUGUGCGUGUGUGCUGUACAUAGCCGGUGUGCUUCAUCCAAAUUGCUGUGUUUGAAUGCAUUGUGCUUUGCUGUUUUGUGCUGCAAAAUUUUAACUGCUUUUUGUGAAAGAGUCGGAGAGACAUAUACCAGUCCCACCUACCCCCUCCCCUAUAGUCCCUGUGCACUCGUGUCAAUCAGAUUUGCUCUAUUCCGUUUAGUCAUUUUAUGAUAUUCUCGAUUUUAUUCACACUGCUAGGCAUGUGCAAGUGCUGGGAGUUGCACGAUUCUACUUGAAUAAACUUAUUCUUGUGAA